AUGGUGGCUGAAAAUAAGACAAUGUUUCAUGUGGUCUAUUUAAGUGGUGGGGGGAUGGAUGGUAUGAAGAAAUUCCUGGCUUUGACGUUUACACCGGCAAUUAUGGCUUUGGCUCUUAAAGGCUUAGAUGCGGAUGAGGGUAGCUUUGUGAGUAUGCUGAAGAAACAGUCGGGAUUGUCGUCGCAGCGGCCUAAAACUGGGAAGCCUAAGUCUCAUGGUAGGCUGAAUGGUAAGAUUGCUUCUUCUAUGCUGGCUGAGAAGGAGCCUGGAGUGAGUAGUGUGGUUGGUAAGUCGAAAAAGAGUAAGUCUUCGGUGUUGGUUCCGGCUGCUCCUGUGCCGGCUAGUAAGGGCUUGGAUGAUGGGUUUGAUGAUCAGGGGUUAAUUGCUAGCUUAUUGAAUGGUAGUAUGGCUCAGGGUUCGUCUCUGAAACGGCCCACUACCUUCCAGGACUUAUUAGAUUAUGCGGCGGAAGAGAAUAAUGCUGUGCCUUCACCGGCUAAGAAACCAGCUAUGAAUAAUAGCGCCUUUAUGCCAAUGUCUGCUUAUGAAUCUUUGCUUGAGAAGCCAAGUUCAUCGGCCAAUACCAAGGAAGCCUCUAAGCCUAGUAAGCGCACCCCGCCUAAGAAAACAGUUCCUCGUCCGAAUAAGAAGCCAAGCGUUCGGGCUGAGCCAAAUCUAAAUGCUAAGUCUGAGCUAACCGGAAUUGACAGUCAGCACCAGAAGUUAUACACUAAGAUUACUGCUGUAGCCAAUGGUGUAGCUAGCUUAUCCAAACAACUUGAUGUCAUUACUGCUGAACUGCAAAAGGACAGUGAGACUGAACACAGCGAAAAAGGGCGGGGUUUCGGCUCCAAGAAAGCCUUCAGGAACUUAGAGGCCUCUUCUCUUCUAUAA